AUGGCUCGCCCUCCUCCCUCUUUUAAGCCUUCGGAAAGCACGGCCUGUGUCUCCGGCCUUUGCUGCUUCCACUGGGACCAUGCACAGAACACCGUGAAGCUCGCGGUGCUAGCUCUACUGCUAGCGGCAGCAGCUCACCAUGGUCUGCUGCUGCCGCCGCUGCCGACGGCGCGAUGCUACUGGCUCAACCCGGAGAUCUACGACGCCGGCGGGCUGAGCCGCCGCGCGUUCCCGGAGGGCUUCGUCUUUGGGACGGCCGCGUCGGCGUACCAGGUCGAGGGGAUGGCCAAGCACGGGGGCCGGGGCCCCAGCAUCUGGGACGCCUUCAUAGAGGUACCCGGGACCAUCCCUAACAAUGCCACCGCUGAUGUGACGGUCGACGAGUAUCAUCGGUACAAGGAAGAUGUGAACAUAAUGAAGAACAUGGGCUUUGAUGCGUACCGGUUUUCAAUUUCUUGGUCGAGGAUUUUCCCAAAUGGAACUGGCAAGGUGAACCAGGAAGGUGUGGAUUACUACAACAGGCUCAUAGAUUACAUGCUUCAGCAAGGUAUCACGCCGUAUGCAAACCUCUACCAUUAUGACCUCCCCCAUUGGCACUCCAUGAACAACUACGCCGAGUUCUGCUUCCAGGCGUUCGGGGACAGGGUGAAGAACUGGUUUACCUUCAACGAGCCGAGGUGCGUCGCCGCUCUGGGCUAUGACAAUGGCUUGCACGCACCGGGAGGGUGUUCUGGGUGCGCUGCAGGAGGCAACUCCACGACGGAGCCGUACCUUGCUGCACACCAUCUCAUCCUUUCUCAUGCAGCUGCGGUGAGGCGAUACCGCGACAAGUAUCAGGGGAGGAUUGGAAUUCUCUUGGAUUUCGUGUGGUACGAACCUUUCAGCGACAGCAAUGCGGACCAGGCUGCAGCACAGCGAGCCAGGGACUUCCACCUAGGCUGGUUGCUUGAUCCCAUUAUAAAUGGACGGUAUCCGUACUCGAUGCAAGAGAUUGUCAAAGACAGGCUGCCAUUGUUCAGCGAUGAAGAAUCCAGGAUGGUGAAAGGCUCUAUAGACUAUGUUGGCAUCAACCACUACACUUCUUUCUACAUGAAGGACCCUGGGACAUGGAACCUGACGCCAGUCAGCUACCAGGAUGAUUGGCAUGUUGGUUUUGUCUACGAACGAAACAGCGUUCCUAUUGGCGCUCAUGCAAACUCCUACUGGCUGUACAUUGUGCCGUGGGGAAACAACAGGGCUGUCAACUAUGUCAAGGAAACUUAUGAAAAUCCUACAAUGAUCCUUGCUGAAAAUGGAAUGGACCAACCUGGUGAUGUUAGUAUUACUCAGGGUGUGCAUGACACAGUAAGAAUUCGUUAUUACAGAGACUACAUAACUGAGCUCAAGAAGGCAAUAGAUGGCAGUGCCAGAGUCAUUGGGUACUUUGCUUGGUCGCUGCUUGACAACUUUGAGUGGAGGCUUGGGUACACUUCGCGGUUUGGAGUGGUCUAUGUGGACUACAAGACGCUGAAGAGGUACCCCAAGGACUCAGCUUUCUGGUUCAAGCAUAUGCUCUCCAAGAAGAGGAGCUAG